ACGGGGACUCCUGCCUAGGUACCCCAGAGCAGGGUUUCAGCUGAGGGAAGGGGGUGAUGUCUGAGAAGCCUUCCUGAGCUGCGGCUUCAGUGUGUCACAGUCUCAGGUGCUUGGGGGGGCAGUGACAUCUGUCCUUGGCCCCAGGACCAGAAGCAGAGGUGGGAAUGGAUGGUCAGAAGCGGUGAUGCUUCCCCCUGCUCCUUCUUACCAGCAUGGCUCACCUCAUCUUGCAAAUACCAGAUUUUCCGCCGGGCCGACAAAAACGACGACGGGAAGCUGUCGCUGGAGGAGUUCCAGCUCUUCUUUGCAGAUGGCGUCCUCGACGAGAAGGAGCUGGAGGGCCUCUUCCACACGAUCGACUCCGACAACACCAACCACGUGGACACCAAGGAGCUAUGUGAUUACUUUGUGGACCACAUGGGCGAUUAUGAGGACGUCUUGGCCUCCUUGGAGACCUUGAACCACUCUGUCCUGAAGGCGAUGGGCUACACCAAGAAGGUGUACGAGGGCGGGAGCAACGUGGACCAGUUUGUGACGCGCUUCCUUCUGAAGGAGACGGCCAAUCAGAUCCAGUCGCUGCUGAGCUCUGUGGAGAGCGCCGUGGAGGCCAUCGAGGAGCAGACCAGCCAGAUCCGCUGCAGACAGAACCACAGCAAAGCCAGCCACGGCGUGGUGGAGACCUGGUCCGGAAGCGCGGCGCCCCCCCACGCCCCCAGCGCCAAGCUGGGGGCCACAGAACAAGGGAAGAGUCUUCCAUCUGUCUCUGCAGACCCCAAGGAGGAGGGCCUGGAAGCCCAGAUUAGCCGCUUGGCAGAGCUGAUAGGACGGCUGGAGAGUAAGACCCUUUGGUUUGAUCUUCAGCAGCGCCUCUCGGAUGAAGAAGGCACCAACAUGCACCUGCAGCUGGUCCGGCAGGAGAUGGCCGUGUGCCCCGAACAGCUGAGCGAGUUCGUGGACUCCCUGCGCCAGUACCUCCGCGGCACUGCUGGGGCCGGGAGCUGCUUCCACAUUGCGGCCGUGAGGCUGGCUGAUGGCUUCACCUUCGUGGUCUAUGAGUUCUGGGAGACGGAGGAGGAGUGGAGGAGGCACCUGCAGAGCCCCGUGUGCAAGGCGUUCCGGCACGUCAAGGUGGACACGCUGAGUCAGCCUGAGGCCCUCUCCAGGAUCCUGGUGCCAGCUGCUUGGUGUACUGUGGGCCGCGACUGACCACGUCCCUGAGGCCUUUGGAUCCGCCUGCCCCUCUGCCCACUCUUUUCUAGAAACUUUGGUACACAAGUUGUCUUUUCACUGUACUUCAGACAAGAAUGUAUUCUCCCUGUUUGCCGUGAAAGAGCAGCCCCUUCCCCAAAUCCCCGCCCUCCCUUAGCGGCUGCCGUGGCUGGGGAACAGCAGGCACAGGGAGGCGUCCUGGGACCAGCACCUCCCCCAGCCCGGCCCAGUGGCCACGCAUGACCCCCCACCCAACCCCCAGCCUCAUGGGCCUGGGGGACACCCUGCCCAGGUAGGAGCCGCGCCCCUGUAGUGCCCCACUCGGCCUGGGCCCUGCCGCGUCAGACUGGAGCGCCCCCGUAGCCAGUGCCUGCUCGGCAGUCCGGCACCAAUAAACGCUGGCUGGGAACGGC